AUGUCCUAUCAUUUACGGAAAUGGAAUGAGAGGAAGAAGAACGGACCAUGCCCUGUUGUCGAUAAGUUAUAUUAUCUUCCAUACGUUAAAGAUAACGAGCCUGUCGCAGCUAUUAUGAAGAAGUUUGAAAUGAUGGAAAACAUCAGAAAGAAAGAAGAGGAUGAGAAAGAAACAAACUCCUCUAAAGUUACAAGAGAGCAGGAAGACUUGUAUGGUGAUGAUGGUGCAUUGGGCGAAGAAUCACUCCACGAGCUGUAUCGUAAAAUCGGUACCGUAAUGGAUGAUCCCCAAGAAGAAAAAGCAGAACUUGGAGACGACGAUUUUCAGUACAUUGAAGAAGAAGACGAAGACGAUUUCAUAUACUUUGAUGAUCUUGACGAUGACGUAAUGCGAAGGCACUUACGUUACUCCAACGCAUUUCGCUAUGUUCUUUCCCAUAGUCGCCAAUUGGUCGAGACCAUUUCUCCCCUCUCCGUCCCUCGAAAAUGCUACCGAAUCGACGAAGAUUCCACCGGGGACGUUUCGCUCCAUCCCAUCGGUGAAACCACCGUUCCGUACCCCUAUCUCUACAUUCGCGUCCCAGCAACGAUUCCUUCGACGCUCUGUCGCACGGUUCUUCCCUAUACUCCGCCCAAUUCCCCCACGGUUCUCUACACUCCGGACCCGCUUCGCUUCAACUUCCUCUCCCUGAACAAGCAGUUCAACGUGAUUUUCUUCGAUAUCCCUACCGAUUUUGACGUGCUUCGUCUUCGCACUGUCCAUUUGCCCCGCGCGCUGAUCGCGGAAGGCUUCGUUUUGAUUUGGGCGGACUACUCCACGCUCUCUACGCUCCUCGACCUCUUCGAAAGCAAGGGCUUCUUCUACGUGGAGAAUCUAUCGAUGAUCUAUCCUCACACGGAGGAUUCGCCGGCUGUUUGGAAGGCGUGA